AUGCGCUACACCAACAUCCUCUUUCUCGCUGCCACGUCUGGAGCCAUGGCAGCCAGCCUCGAGAACCGUGGUCUCCGAGAAUGUGCCGAUGCUAUCGUGGACCAUGGCUCUGUGAUCACAGAUCUUCCCAGGUUGUCCGCAUCGGGCGUCGACGAAGACGAUAUCCCAACCAUCACAAAUUGCGAGAUUCCCACGCUUACCGGUGUGCCCGGAUCCAUAUUGACCUCGUUCACAUCCGGGUUGCAAUCUUGGACAAGCGCUCACAGCAGCGAGCUUGCCGUGGUGUGGUCCGCUUGCAAGGGCGAGGACUUUGUCGGGACGAUCGCUUCCCUUGCCGAGAAAUACGGCCCGGUUUGCUCGGCCGUGUCGGAUUUCAGUCGUGCCCUUGAUGGUACGGUGGUUGCGACUACGACUGAUGCCGUUCCUGCACCUACUGAUACUGGAACUUCGGCUACCGGCAGCGGAAGUGCGGCUACUUCUGGUACCGGCUCUGCCAACGCUGCUCCACGAGAGACCGGAAUGGCUGCAAUUGCUUUCGCAGCUGCUGGUUUUGCCUUUGCUGCCAUUCACUAG